AUGACGCUUGACCUCACCACUUUAGAUGCUCAUCAGCAGCCAGAUACUGAACUCAAGGCGACUUGGAAAAAAUACUCCAGAACUGACCAUGAGGACUUCAUUAACCAUCCCGAUAUAGAUGAAUUAGAUCCUACGAAAGAUAUGGGCGCAUUCAAGCUAGCAGGACAUAUCCCCAAAGAAAAACUUAGAAGCUCAUUUAAACAGCUCGAGGAUGUGAAUUGGGAUGAAAACCGAAUAUCUCAAGAUGCCCCCUUUUAUUUCCACCCCCUACUCCCAGGUCUGCUCAUAUUCCCUUCUCUGAUACCCCCGAGUACGCAAAAAGCACUCCUAUCUCGGAUGAUUCAUAGGGAUUUGAGCAACCCCACCCAUCAGACUAAUUUACAUCUUCACUAUGAUCUUCCUUAUCGAGAAGAGGAAUACAAAGAGAACGACACAUCCCGAUCAUUUUUCUCUUAUCCUCCAGAAUCAUCCGUAAAAUUUACGCCAAAAGACCCCGAGAUACACAAGCCAUUAUCUAUCAAACAAGUCCUCGAGCGGCGACUGUCCUGGGUCACGCUUGGGGGGCAGUACGAUUGGACCAAUCGGGUGUAUCCUAACCAGCCUCCUCCUGGGUUCCCCCGUGAUAUUGCCACCCUUCUUCAGACUCUUUUCCCGGAUACCCUCGCCCAGGCUGCUAUCGUCAACUUCUAUACCCCAGGAGAUACGAUGAUGAUGCAUCGGGAUGUGAGUGAGGAGUCGGACAAAGGUCUAGUAAGUCUCAGUAUCGGGUGCGAUGCGUUGUUCAUGAUUGCGCCGAACGAUCACGCAAAACACACUACGUCGAAUGAAGAGGGUGAUCCAGAAAAGCCCUAUCUCCUCCUACGGCUACGAUCGGGCGAUGCUAUUUACAUGAGUCAAGACUCUCGCUACGCUUGGCACGGUGUACCUAAAGUUCUCAAAGGGACAUGUCCUGAUUUCCUAGCUGAUUGGCCAGCAGAAGAUGGCAAGUUUGAAGAAUGGAGGGGAUGGAUGCGAAACAAGCGCAUCAACUUGAAUGUCAGACAGAUGAAGGAUUGA